AGCAAAGAUGGUCUGUAUAUUUCCGGUGUCAUGUCAGCCCCCAUGAAAGAUUUGACUUUGAAUACUUUUUCCUUCUGAUUUGUUAAAAAUUAGCUGAAAAUGCAAAAUUAUAUAGCAUCAUGAAAAGAUAUAGGUAUUCAGCUUCUCAAAGGACUGGAUGGAAAAGAUACCUGCCUUUAAUGUAUGCUUUUACUGCAUGGAAUUUCUUUGGCUAUAUAGCUUGGCAUAAAAUAAUGAAGAAAACUAAAGAGAAACAUCCAGAAUACGACUCUCUAACUCACACACAAAAAGCAUUAUUAGUCUAUGGAUAUGGUGAUUCAAAUGCAAAGACUACAAAAAUUACCCUGGGUAGAGGCAUGAAAGUGGAAGAAAUGACAGGCAAAGAGUUAUUUCACAAGUACAGUAAAGAAGGAGAGCAAGAAGAAAAGUCAGUUGAAAAUGUUAUUGAAGCAGAUGAAUGAGAAGAGGGCAGACGAUUUAUUAGAAGAUUUUAGUGCUACUAAUUACAUUACUGACCACAUGGUCAACUGAAAUAAUGGAUAUAAAGUGAUUUACUAUUCUGUUAAUGACUAUUGUUAACAGAUGUGUUUUUGUUUUAAAAUGAAUAACAUGUAAUAAAGAACUUUUUAUUUA